UGCACAUUAGUCCCAAUGUAUAAUCUAGGUUUUCAUAUUUUUUAUGACUUUUUCAGGUUAAAACAAUUUAGUGUAAAACAACAGAAGUUAGUGAAGAUUCAUAGUGAAAAAGUUCCGAAUGGCAUUUUACCCCACGGUUAUACUGCAACAUUGCAUGACAUGAAAGUAAAUUCCAGGCAUUGUGCUGAUGAUGAAGUAUAUAGUAAAAACCCUGACGUUCAAAAGAUGAUUGCAAGAGGUACAACCACAAUGGAGUUGCAGGGCAAAGAAUCAUGGCAUGAUGUCAUUAUAUAUGCCAAUAAGAAGUUUACUGGUGGUGUUGGAGAUGAAGAUAAAAAGCAGCCAAACAAUGACGAUACUUGGCUAGAGUAUUGUUUAGAACCCCUGGAAAAUGCUGUGAAGAUUAUAUGCAUGGAAAAAUUAAAUGGUGAUGCAGUUCAUUUCAGUGGGAGAUAUAUAGAUGGAAGGUUCUAUUUAAUUACUGGGAGCAAGAAUGUUCACAUGCUGAUAAGUGAGAAGUCUGAUAUUGACCUGUACGAUGGAGGUAGAUUCAAAAUGGCAAAGAUAUUUGCUCGUACUGUUUGUGACACUUUGGGGAACCUCAGUAAAGAUGUUCUGCAACUUCUAUUAAGUUUUCUUCACCAUACUAAAGUUACAGCCAUAUGUGAGGUUCUUCAGCCAGAAUAUCAGCAUAUAGUGAAUCUGUCUUAUUUGGAAACAAACGAGUUGAAUUUUAUUACAUUCACUCCAACAGCAAGUAAAGAUGAGGAAACUACCUUAACAGCAUUUCCGCCUCACCAAACUUUAAAACUUGGAAAAGCGUUAGGUUUUGCUUGUGCAUCGUACACUGAAAUUGAGCCCAAGAAUAUUAUGAACCAACGACAUCAGAUUAGAGCGUAUCAUAACAAGGAGGGCGAGGUUCUUUAUUAUCUGAAUAAAGAUGGUGCCACUUUUGGCAUUACAAAAGCUAAAAGUGUAUGGUACAUAUGCAUACGUGCCUUAAGAGAAAAAGCUGUGUUUUCUUUUACAUCAAGGAAAGCUAAAUCUGAUCGGAGGUUGAGUGAUCACAUUUCGAAUGUACAUAAAAGAUAUGGAGAAAUUCAAGAGUGGUUGAACUUAUCUCCCCAGUGUUUGGAAUCCUGGAAGAGUCUUGGGGCAUCUUUCAUGAGAUGGUUAAGCGAGGAAAUAGAAAAUAAUAAUUUGGACCCAAAAACAAUCAGGCCAAAGUUUCCAGUGUUGUGGAAAAAGUUUUUAGAAACCGGCAAUGAUGACAUCAUACAACUUUGAAGAAGUGUAACAAUGUCCUCAGUAUUAUAAGGAAAAUAAUAAAUGUGUAAGCAUUUGAGCACUGACCUUUGGCACUGAAAAUAUAAUUAUUUUGAUGGAUUAAAACGGGAAAAGUAUAGGAAUUAAGUUUAUCAGGUCUUGGACCAUAUCCCCGUAUUCCUGUGUCCUGUAGGAUGUUCUAAGAGAUGCCCGGAGCUCGGUCCAUGACCGGCAUCUUGUAUGCUGAAAGCUAUGGCAGUGAUGUGCUAAGUCCCCUUUAUCGAAAUCCAACAAGGCUUUCUGGAUCAUUUUUAAUUCUAUUGGCAUCAUUUAAAAAGAUUAUUCACUCCUUCAAUAAAAAUUUGCACUGGCUGAGAAAGAAUGCCAUCCACAAUACCUUGAAAAGGGUGAACUCCUGAUGCAAUUGUAGUGAUUUUAUGAAGCAAAGUCUUAUCAUCUUUGUUUCCUUCCGCCAUUUUGUCUAAAUUCAAGAAGCCUCCAGUAUUUAGGAUUCGACUGGAUCUCAAUAGAUCUCAAUAUCAUCAGAACACCAACAAUAUUCCCAAGUUCUUUCACAAAUCACCACUAAAAAAAUAGAUAUAUAAAUCCCUGAACACACAAUUUCCCAGUACUCCAUGUGGAAAAAAAAACCCACCAUCAAUAGCACUGGUGGUUCAAGGUUACCCCAUCAUAUGAUCAUUCACUGGGUCCAGGACCCACUUAGAGCAGGUCAGCCACUCAAAGGGUUAUUUUUGACACAUCCAACCACUGAGGUAGCAGGGCCAGAGUAACUGGAUUCACCCACACACAGAUGUAAGCAUUGAUGAAAUGUCCAUUGCCAGUAUUUCAGAUUAUGGUUUAGCAUAUAAGGUCAAUGAAAAGCAUUUAAGAGUCAGUGAGGCAACGUGUCAAGUAUGCAGUGCAGUUGUUGUCAAAAUCAUGUGCUAGUUCUCUAGAUAUCUUGGGGACAAUGGAUUGCUAAAGUCGAACUGGAAGCCAACAUCUGAUUUUAUAAUGUUUAAUCAAUGAUUGGUUCAAUGUGAUGAACUCAAAUCCCAAGUAUGGGGACACAAAAAUGCACAUUAGUUUUGAGACAUGCAUGAAACAACAAACAGAAAUCCUGUAUAAAGUUAUUGAUUUCAUGCAUGGAAAGGAAGUAAAAUCUGUAAAGACAAGUUGCCUAUAUACAUUUCAGAAAGAUGUCAUACUUUCAUAAAAAUUGACCAUCGUCCUGUUCAGCAUGUUGAAAGACUCCUUCAAGUUAGAUACCUAUUAUCUCAGAGAUUGAAUGAGGAUUGUUUAGAGCAUUUUUUGGGGAAUAUAAGACAAAUGAAUCAUCCAAACUCACUAGGCUUCAAUUACAGAUUUAGAAGUUUGCUGAUAGGCAAAGAUAUGGCUAUCAUUAGUGAUAAUACUGAUACUAAUGCAGAGUUGAAAGAUAAUAUGCUAAGAAAUGUGACUGGAAACGAUGGUAAUCUCCAGCAGUCAGAUGACAGAAAACUUUCUUUAGAGAUUUGCUGAAUAAGUAUCCUGUUCAGAAAUCUUGAAGUUGAAACUGAGAAUUAGUUGAUGCAGAUACAGGCAGUCCCCAGGUUAGGACGGGGGUUCCGUUCUUGAGACGCGUCGUAAGCCGAAAAUCGUCGUAAGCUGGAACAUCGUAAAAAAUACUAAGAAAACCUUACUUUUAAUGCUUUGGGUUCAUUGAAAACUAUGUAAACUGCAUUCUUAUUGUAUUUUUCAUCAAAAAACCUUCCAAUAUUGAUUAUUUUGCAUUUUUGGUGUCAUAUUUCAUCUGCCAGAUGAGCGUUGUAGGCGUCGUAACCCUGGAACAUGCGUUGUAACCCUGGAAAUAAUGUCUGAUGAAUAUAAUUGAGAAGCGCCCUUAACCUUGGAACAUCGUAAGCCGAACCCGUUGUAACCCGGGAACUGCCUGUAUUGAGAAAACAACCAGCACUGUAAUAGAAGAGGAAGCACUGUGCUAUAUAGGGGGCUAUAUUGUGAAGAAAUAGUGGACUAAAUACCCAUAUUUAGGUAGCAAGGUAACCAACAAUAUCACAGAAAAAUCGUAGACUGCAUUAGUCAGCCGAGGUGACCUAAGUACAUGUUCCAUCUGAAGAAUUCCUUAAACAAUUGAGUGUUUUAAGAGAAGUGUUAAAUGCAAUCCAUGGGAAAGCCCUUUUUGAAGGGAAGCAAUGUUUAAAGUUUUAUAUAUGAACUAAUGCAGUCUGGAGUGAACAUUCCUGAAGAUUUUUUUUUUUUUUUUUUUUUUUAGUCAAAAUAGGAGAGAUUGUUUGUAAACAAAUGAAGCAUUUCUGGUGCACGUGCAGUACACUGGUGGGAAAAAGUGAACAAUGGUAGAGCUCUUACCUAAUUCAACUUUGUCAAGUGUUUUGUGCAUACUGUACAUGUAUGGCAGGGUAAGCUUUCUCUCUUGCAUAUGACAUUGUACAUGUAUUCUCGUGUAGUGCUGCAUUAAUUUCUCAACAUGUGAAAAGAUAUUCUCAAAGUUGCUUAUGUUUUAAAUUUUUCAGUCUGUUAACUUUACUUACCAUGAAUGAAAAAACAUUCCAAGGCAACAAUAAACAUUUAAAUAAAAAU